UGCGUUCCCUCCCGGCCGGUCCGGGCGCCCAGCGGCGAUGGGGGCGCUGCUGGCGCUCUGGCUUCUCCUGGGCUGGCUGCGCUGGAGCCCGGCGGGCGCCCAGCAGUCGGGAGAAUACUGCCACGGCUGGGUGGACGUGCAGGGCAACUACCACGAGGGCUUCCAGUGCCCGGAGGACUUCGACACGCUGGACGCCACCAUCUGCUGCGGCUCCUGCGCGCUGCGCUACUGCUGCGCCGCGGCCGACGCCAGGCUGGAGCAGGGAAGCUGCACCAACGACCGCGGCGAGCUGGAGCACCCCGGCAUCACCGCACAGCCCGUCUAUGUUCCCUUCCUCAUCGUUGGCUCCAUCUUCAUUGCCUUCAUCAUCCUGGGCUCCUUAGUGGCUAUUUAUUGCUGCACCUGCUUGAGACCCAAGGAGCCCUCACAGCAGCCAAUCCGCUUCUCACUCCGCAGCUACCAGACAGAGACCCUGCCCAUGAUCUUGACUUCCACGAGCCUCAGGGCACCUUCCAGGCAGUCCAGCACGGCCACCAGCUCCAGUUCCACUGGGGGCUCCAUCCGCAGAUUCUCCUUUGCCAGAGCAGAGCCAGGCUGCCUGGUGCCCUCACCGCCCCCACCUUACACCACAGGCCACCCAAUCCACCUGACGCAGCCAUCCGGUUUCCUGGUGUCACCCCAAUACUUCGCUUACCCACUCCAGCAGGAGCCCCCGCUGCCUGGGAAGAGUUGUCCGGACUUCAGUUCCAGUUGACAAGCCACAGCGAUAGUACACCUGGAAGACAGGUGGAGGGCUGUCGCCAUUGCCCCAAGGACUUCCGGGGGAAUUUGCCUUGAACCCCGCAAUGUCCUGGAGGAAUGUGCUAGGAAAACACAGCGCCUUCUUAGUCCUACGCUUCCUGGCUCCAAUCACAGGAUGGGUGUGUUACAGAAUUGCUUUCUGGCUUUGAAAACAUGGUGAUUAUUACAUUUCAGUUUAUGCUACUUUUAUUCCAAAUACGCAGCAGUUCGACUUUUAAAGUUGCAAAUUGGCUGAAGAUGUGUAAUUGGACAGCUCAGCUAUACUGUUGAGAAAAGGCCCACGUGUUCUUUUUUCAUUCUAAGUUGUUCAGUGAGUCAUAAUACAAAUCUGUACCUCAACAAGCAAAGGAAAACACCUGGAUGGUAAUUAUUGAAGGUUCUUUUUAAAAAAAUUAACAACUCAGCAACCUGAGGGGACAGUUGAACAACCUAUUUAUGAUUUGGGGAGGAACCUAACAAUGAAUAACAUCAGCAUUGUGAGAACAGUUACUUUUUAAAUUAAUAACUAAAUUUUGUUUAAAAUAUAAGCUUUUUCAGAAUACAAGAUUUCAAUAACCACAUGAGGAGUUUAAGGUUUUAAAUAUUUACACAGAUAUUCAUUGUAACACAGAUCUUACGUAAAAGCAUUUCCCCCACCCGAGGGAAUAUUUAUUGCAGACUUUUUGUUCAGCAACAUUUAGUGUUUAAAGAAAGUUGGACAGUUGAGUCUUAAAACCUUUAUUUGUAAAAUGAGUUAUGUACAAAUGUAAAGAUUUGUAACUUAAUGUAUUUACCACAUUGACGGUACUAAUUAUUUAGUAGUCACACUGAAAUUUUUUAUGUAAUAACUAUGGAGUUCAGAGUCCAGCUCUUGGUUACAAUCACCCAAUAUUACAUAUAUUAAGUGCCACUGAAUUCCACGUCUGAGGAUUACACAUUUGGGCAUAUAUCCUGCUGGGUUAGAAUAAAUAAAAUGUUUUUGUGAUGCCCAUUUGAAAUUUUAGAUCAACGUGCUUCAUUUUAUCUUCUUAAUGAUACUCUGCUAUUCAAUAAAAGGAAAUGUCUUUACUUAU